ACUAGAUUGUGUGAAUUGAAUUUGCUCUCUGUAAAUAGAGUAAAUAGGAAGAAGUUUGUUUUGAUUACUUCGACACCCGAUUUGGGUACAUGAUUGCUGGAAAGAAUGACUGCAGAAACCGUGAUUAACCCCGACAAUUCUUCCAUCAAGAUUACCCAGGAGCACCUAGUGUCUUUCUGUGAGUCACUCCGUAGCACCUAUCGUCAAAUCAAGGCUUUAAUCACCACGGAACGGGCAAACGUGGAUAAAACACUGGCAAAAGCACACCGCUAUGAACUGCUGCAGAAAGCACUCCCCGAAACAACGCCUUACUCCAGCGCCCAAGUGGACCACAUCCGGAUAGAGUGUUUGCAUGAGAUUAACAACCGAUUGAUUGCAACCGGGGAACUUGUAACGGAGCUAGUCAAAGGAUAUCAUAAAGUUUUACGGAAUUAUCAGGGUCUGGAGAGAGUUUGUAACCGUAUCGACGAUCUGCAGGGGAGCGAUUUAAUAGCCGGGAACGAAAGACGGAAACCAUUGGAAUGGUAUCUGCGUGUAGGCUUUCGGAUCGUGCACAAUCUGAAUGAUUUGGUGAUUCGAUUCAAACUAACAUUCAAAGCCAUUGACAUCCAGGAGGUUAACUCCAUUCAACGAUUUAAAGAUUGCCUCAAAAUACCCGACGAGAUUGAUAUGUACUUGCAGGAGUUUCUCAUGUAUGCUGUUUUCAUUUAAUCAGCAGGGCAAGCAGGCUAUUCAGCUACCUUCGAAUAUAUCUCCAAAACAUUUGUUGCAUCAUUCUUCCUAUGUUAACAAUUAUCCACGUUAAUUCUAGUUCUGUAUCGACACAAUUGCACAAGUUUCAACUACAUUUCGUCCAAGCAAUUAAAAAAUUUGCAUCCAUUUACGCCGUUCCACUAAUAAAAACUAUUCUACGAACAUUUUUUCCGUUUGAUUACAUAUUAGUAAAAAGAACUCGUUUCACCAUGUCCUUCGUCCUUCCCCCGCGCAUUAGAAGUGCGUAUGAAAAAUUAAAAGUAAACUGUUUACGUACGUAAAAAAAGAACAAACGAGCCUAAAAAUUCCCUCAAAAAACAAGGAAAUUAAUGGAGGCACUAUUGCAAAUGGUUUGUUUAAAGUGCCGUAAUAUACCUGAUCACCCGAGGGAGGAAACUGUUAUCGUCGCAACGGUAAUUAACGAGUGCUUGAGACAGCAGCAAGAAAAAAGGAAAUAGAAGACGACUCUCUGAAGGAAAAGAAGAAUUUUUGAACUAAAGCAUCGCACCGAAUGGAACCGCACGAUUAGCUCCACACGUCAGCCGAAUACCGCUUCUGGGCUUCCAUCUUUUUGAUGUACUGCUGGGCUUCACUCUCGCUCAUGUUGCCCUUUGUUUUCAGCACCUUGAGCAGAAUGUUUCGCACGUCGGUGGCCAUAUUCUUGGCGUCACUGAAAACAAGAAAAAAUUAUUUGAUGAAACAUGCUCAGCAGAAAAAGGGAUGUUGAAACGCUACCCGCAGAUGUAGAAGUGCCCCUUCUUCUCUCCUAUCACAUCCCAAAGCAGGUCCGUGUCUUCCUCCAGCAGAUGCGUGACGUACACUUUUUGUGGCUGAUCCCGGGAGAAAGCCACCCGCAAGCUCACCACACCGCGUUUAACGUAAUCUUCCAGUUCCUGAAAGAACAAUAACAAACGUCAAGUUAAUCGAAGUUAUACAACGCAAGGCACUCUGCUUUUUUGACGUAGGAUUGCGUCUUUCGGGAACAUAUUGGGGUACAAAUUGAAAAUCGAAAAUCGAGCACAUCGUGAAAAUUGUCCAAUUUCAAACGCUUAUUGCCCAGUCAUUUCAUGAUGGAUACAUGAGGUUUUUGCGCCAAUCAAUUUCGGCACUCCAUAACAAUUUUUUUAUUGAAGAAUAUAAUAUUAGGCUGUCAAAAAAGUCCUGCGGUAUUUUUUUUGAAUUUU